CAGCUUGCCUCGGCAUCUCCAUUCACACAACUCCACCCAACUACUCCGACCAAAAUGGCCUUCGCUGGAAAAUGGGAAACUGAGACCCAGGAGGGAUACGAUGAGUUCUGCAAGCUGCUCGGUGAGGGGGGAGAAAAAAAGCAUUUCACAGUUUAUGAGUUUGGAAAUAUAUAUAGGCCCUUUAUAACAUGCCUUCUCUUUCCUCCCUGCAGGUAUCCCUGAUGACAUUAUUGAGAAGGGCCGUGACUACAAACUGGUCACAGAGGUUACCCAGGAUGGGGACACCUUCUCCUGGACUCAGAUCUACCCCACAAAUGCCAAAGUCACCAACAAGUUCACCAUUGGCAAGGAGUGUGACAUGGAGACCAUCGGAGGAAAGAAGUUCAAGGUAGGAAGCAAAACAGCCAAACUUUAUCUUCAGGCUUGUUUGAUCUCAGAGUGGAAGAAAACUGGAAAUCCUUGUGUGUUUUCAGGCCACCGUGCACAUGGAGGGAGGCAAGCUGAGCGUGGCCUUCCCCAACUACCACCACACCUCUGAGAUCUGUGGAGGAAAACUUGUUGAGGUAAAUUUGCUUACAGACUCUGUAGUUAAUGUUCUCAGCACAGUGAGAGAGUUAUUUAAGUCAUUUAAAGGCAAUAUAAGGAGUUUUUGACUGGAUGUGAGACUGGCUGAUGCCUCUUUAUGAGCUUCAGAAGCAAAUAAAAUCAUUGACAACAAGGCUGAUAUUUUACUGUUAUAAUUUUUUAAGCCUGAAUCUGAUGUUAAGGGGUAGGUGUCAGGUUAGAUGACAUGACAAAUACGGGGAGUGAGUAAAAUAUUUCUCUGUAAAAGGACAACAGGAUGAGGUUUUUGUCCGAAAACACAUUUUACUUGUACAGGACAAAAGACUAGAGGUAUCCUCACUAUAACUAUAAAAUAUUAUUUCUGCAAAGGUGUCAAUCUCUAUCAUAGAUUUUACACAGCACCGCUUAUAACUCCCUACAGUGGCUUUGAGGAGAAUAUAUACGAUUUAUAACUGAAAGGGACUGAAAUAGUAUAUUUGAUUAGCAGUUUUGUCACAUUUGAAAUGAGAAAACUGCAAAGGAAAACAUUUCAUUAUGUCUAAAAACUGUCACACUAGAGGCACAAGUCACGUUAAAAUGUAUAAAAUUAUUUCAAGUGCAUCUGUUUUAGAAACUACUGCAGCAACCACCUCUCAUCCUGUAGUUAUAAACAGCCAAAUAUAAAAUGUGAUGAUAUAUAAACUAAGUGAAAUAACACUUCUUGUCUUUUCCUUCUCUGUAGACCUCCAAAGCCGGCGCUGUUGUGCUGAAGAGAACCAGCAAGAAGCUCUAACUGCUGACUGACCUUUGACACCUCAAACAGUUACAAUGGAGACGUAAAAACUACAGCUCAUGUGUGUAAUAAAC